CUCGUUGGAUCCGGGUGUUUUCCGAUCGCGAGCCCCGAGCGCUUCGGUUGGAUCCCGGUCCCCAGCUGAAUUCCCGAUCUCGUCCACCCCACUGUAAGGAAGGGACAAGCAGGUUAAUGUUUCUACAUAGAAGUCCCCCGACCUGCUUUCAAAAUAGACCAGCUAAAGAACCAUGCUAUCAAGCUAUUGACCAUACCACCUGGUUCGGAUAAGACCAUUCCUAAACCAGUGUUUGGCCCCCAGAAAGCCAGACCAAAAACUGUUAACUUUGGGAAAUCGAUCUAUCAUCCGGUCACCAAGGAAUCUGGAACGAUGGACACUGAAUCCACAUACUCUGGAUACUCCUACUAUUCUGGCCGAUCCAAGAGCUCCCACAGACAUGGUGAGAGGAGUCGGGAUCGGCAAAAAUCAAGGCACAAAGAUGGGAGUCGGUCUGAGAAAUCUGUUACCAUCCAAACACCACCAGCAGAGCCGCUGCUUGGCAAUGAAUCGACUCGUGGAGAUGAUACAGUGCAGGAUGAUAACUGGGGGGAAACCACAACUGCCAUCACUGGCACCUCAGAGCACAGUAUAUCACAGGAUGACAUAGCGAGAAUCACUAAGGAUGCGGACGACAGUGAGCUGAACUGCACUCGGUACUUCGGGAUGACGGUUGCCGCUGUGCUCGGACUGUUGGCAUUUCUAACCCCCAUUGCAUUCGUGCUGUUGCCUCAAAUCCUGUGGCGGGACACACUGGACCCCUGUGGCACUGUUUGUGAAGGACUCUUCAUCUCUGUUGCCUUCAAGCUCCUCAUCCUUCUCAUUGGGACCUGGGCACUCUUUUUCCGCAAACCAAAGGCGCAAAUGCCUCGAGUUUUUGUGUUCCGGGCACUCCUGAUGGUGCUGAUCUUCGUGUUUGUGGUGUCCUAUUGGCUGUUCUACGGAGUGCGCAUUCUGGACUCCAGGGAUCCCAAUUAUCACGGAAUUGUUCAGUAUGCGGUUUCCCUGGUCGAUGCCCUCUUGUUCAUCCACUACCUGGCAAUUGUGCUGUUGGAACUUCGUCAGCUGCAGCCCCUCUUCACUGUGAAAGUGAUUCGGUCAACUGAUGGAGAAUCCCGUUUCUACAGCCUGGGCUUACUGAGUAUCCAGCGGGCUGCGCUCGUCGUUCUAGAGAAUUAUUACAAGGAUUUCACUGUGUACAACCCCGCACUGUUAACUGCUGCAAAAUCCCGUGCAGCCAAACACAUGGCUGGACUGAAGGUCUAUAGUGUGGAUGGUCCUGGGAACAAUGCUGCUGGCCAGUCUCGGGCUAUGAUUGCCGCAGCAGCAAGAAGGCGUGAUUCGAGUCACAAUGAGUUGUACUAUGAGGAAGCAGAACAUGAUCGUCGAGUAAAAAAGAGACGUGCAAGGUUGGUGGUAGCAGUUGAAGAGGCUUUUACUCACAUCAGGCGCCUUCAGGAUGAUGAGCAGCAGAAAGCUCCAGGAGAGGUGAUGGACCCUCUGAAUGCAGCACAGUCCAUCUUUCCAUCAAUGGCGAGAGCGCUGCAGAAAUAUCUUCGUACUACCAGACAGCAGCAUUACCACACGAUGGAGAGCAUCCUGCAGCACCUGGCAUUCUGCGUCACCAACAACAUGACCCCAAAGGCCUUUCUGGAACGUUACCUGAACCCAGGGCCCACUCUUCAAUACGAUAAGAACAGAUGGCUGGCCAGCCAGUGGACACUGACCAGUGAAGAGGCUGUGACCAAUGGGCUGAAGGAUGGCAUGGUUUUCACAUUGAAAUGCCUUGACUUCAGCCUGAUUGUGGUAGUGAAGAAGAUUCCUUUCAUUAAGCUGUCAGAAGAGUUCAUCGACCCCAAAUCUCAUAAGUUUGUGUUGCGCCUUCAAUCCGAGACAUCAGUGUAAGAUGUUCAUGCCAUUGACCCAGGUGGCAGAUGUCAAAAACAGUCAGAUAAUCCAACUGCACUUUGGAAGGGAGGGUUGUUAUCUUUUGACCAUCUUUAGAUUUUUUUUUCAAACGGUAAUACUGGAGACCUGAUUCCUGGUCUAAAACAUUAAGAACAUGUAUACCUACCAUAUGGGCUUCUCCAUCUUACUCCGCUUGGUAUGGACUGAUACAGUAGAUCCCAGCCUGCUUCCAGAUACCAGCAUGACCAUAACGGACCUCUAGGAACCUUAAGCAUUUCCUGUAUUGAGAGAAGUACACUGUCUUUCUACUUGUCUCUAGAGACCUUAUUCUUUUGCAUGUAGAUUUACCA